UGCUGUGGCCCCCGCCCCCCCCCCCGCAGCAGCAGCAGCAGCAGCAGCAGGGAAGAUCGUGUGUCGGUGGGCGUGGGACCCGCUGGACCUGCAGGAGGAGUGCUGCCCAGACUUGCCUCUUGAGGUGUACAGCCAGUUCGAAGUGCUGCCAGCUCUGAACUUCUUUGAUGUCAAUCCAGUUGCUUCCAUAAAAGGAAAAGUUCAGAUGGACACUUUGCCGCAGUGGCUCGCCCGCACGGCCUUCCCCUUCCCCCCCAGCAGCAGCAGCAGCAGCAGCAGCAGCAGCAGCAGCGGGGACCUCGAGGAAGAAGCAAGCCACGAAGACAGAGGCGCGCAGGGCUCUGCCCUUUUUUACCGCCACGCCUUCGACCAGGAGCUCAGCAGCAGCAGCAGCAACGCGGGCGAGAGGGCCGUUUACGAGCUGCUGCAGCGCGAACUGGACGCCCAAAACGGAGGGGGGCCCCCGGGGCCCCCGGGCCCCCCAGGGGGCCCCCCGGGGGCCCUGGGGGGCCCCCCAGGGGGCCCCCAGGAGCAGCCAAUCUUUAUUGAGUCUCCUGACUGUCUGCCUUAUUUGUUUAAACUCUUUCCUGCGCAGCAAGACGUUUCAAUUUGCUGCUGGCGCUGCGCGAAGCGGGAGCAGCGGCGAGAAGCAGCAAGAGCUGCUGCUGCUGCUGGGGCUCCUGCUGCAGCAGCAGCGGGGGGUGUGGCUUCCCCUGCUGCUGCUGCUGCUGCGCCUUCCUCCAGAAAGAAGGGGUCCUCGAAGGCCGCAGCAGCAGAAGGCAGGCGGCGCAGCAAAACUGCAGCGGCAGCGCCAGGGGAGCCCCAAACUGCUGCUGCUGUUGCUCAUGCGGGCAAGCAGCAGCAGCAGCAGCGGGGCCGGCGACAGGGAGCUUUGGCUGAAGAGGAGGAUGGCUUCAUGUCCACAGGAAGCGAGUACAGCUACAGCAGCAGCGGCCGCAGCAGCAGCAGCAGCAGCAGCGGAGAGCCAAGUGACCCUGAAUUUGACAUAGAAGAACUCAGGGCAGAAUAUAUGUCUCUUCAUGAAGUGGACAGAGCUGAGCUGGAACUCAAGGAGAAGGAAGCAGCAAAGCAGCGAGCAGCAGCAGCAGCACGCAGCAGCAGCAGCAGCAGCAGCAGCAGCAGCAGCGUCAAAGCGGCGAAGGCGAAGCAGCCCGGCAGCGCUUCCGUCAAACGGACGCCGCUAUCUCCCCGAGACGACGCAGCAAAAACAGCAGCAGCAGCAGCAGCAGUGAAGCGGAGCGGGGGGGCGCCUCGCGCUGCUGCAGCUGCGGGGAGCUGCGGGGCCCCACCGCAAGCGGCAGCACUCGCAGCAGCAGCAGCAGCAGCAGCAAAGCCCGCCGCCUCUGCUGGGGACGCUCGUGCGGCAGCGGGACUGGCAGCAAGGGGCCUCGCGGCGACUGAAGAAGCUGGAGGAGAUUUAUUACUUGGGGCUGAGUGA